ACUAUUACGGUAGAAGGAAACUCUUUUAUUCUUUUCAUUCUGCUCUACGAUCCAGCCGCCUUUUUUUCCCACGGCAUAUUUUCGUGAUAUGUAACCCAAUGGAUAAUCGAGGUCCACAGGUUCUCGCCGUUAAUAUUGUGUUUUGGAUUCUCACAUGGCUGGCGCUCUCAUUGCGAGUAUAUGUACGAGCUUUUAUGCGGAAGAUAUUCGGUAUCGAUGACUGGUUCAUGGUUGGCACGCAACUUUUCUUCUCUUCAUAUCUCGCCUGCCAGCUUGGUGGAGCGAUAUACGGGACCGGCCGCCAUCUGUCUGACCUGUCUAUUGAGCAUGCCGAAAAAGCUCUUCAUUUCUGGUGGCUUUGUGAGAUCUUCUACGUCAUCAGCGCAUGUUUGAUAAAAGUAUCGGUCGGGCUUUUCCUGCUACGUAUUACCGUCCGCGUAAUCCAUAUCUGGAUUCUCCGGUUAUCCAUGCUGGGAACCAUCGUUUUCGGGAUGGUCUAUCUCUUUUUGACUAUUUUCCAAUGCCGGCCAAUCUCUGCCUGGUGGACUAUACCCAAACAGGGUUGCUAUAAACCCAGUGUGAUUCUCGGCACCAUGUAUACUGCUUCAACCAUGAAUGCCGUCGCAGAUUGGACAUUUGGUCUCCUUCCGAUCUUCAUGGUACGGGAACUCAACAUGUCACGGAGAACAAAGGUCGCCGCUUUAUGUAUUCUAAGUUUCGCCGCCAUUGGAAGCACUGUGACUGUGGUUCGCAUCCCAGAUGUCGCCACAUUGGCCGAUGAUACUGACUUUUUGUGGAAAACUACGAACUUCGCAAUUUUGUCGACUGUGGAAGUGGGAGUUGGUAUUGUCGCCGCAUGUGUUGCGACAUUGCGACCGCUUUUGACUGCCGUUAUCGCCAGCACUCGUCGCGGUUCGGGCAGACAAGAGCCAGUGGUUCAUCACCAGUCGAGCAAUCGAAAACAUGAUCAAGCGCACCGAAGUGCUAGCCAAGACUAUUUGAGGACGAACGCCGAGCCAGUUAAGAUGACCUUCUUUAUAGAUGACGGGGAUAGCCUAGCAAACUUGAGUAGCAGCGGAGGAAGUGAUGUUGAACUCGGAGUUACUCAUCACACAGUUCUUACGACCUAACCAGAGUCCGUUAUUGAAGCAAAGAACAAAGGUGGGCCAGCUCAGAAUAAACUUCAGAGGACAAAACUUAACGCGUGGGGUCAUUACAAGCAGGUGUGACUUGCGUCGGUCCACAUUCUUUAUGAAGUCUAACGACAUUUCAAAAUUUAAAUCUACCCUUUCUUAUCCGCUAAAGACGUGCAUGAUGUUCUCGG